AUAUAUCGUCCUGCCGUAAUGCAUUUUGCCAGCUAAGCUGUCACGAAAUUCGACUGGCGAAGACCGACUAGCCCCUUGGGACCGCAGCCCAUUGGCGCAAAGUCUGUGUUCAUUUGCGUUGCUCACCAUGCCGAAGAUACGCUUUGCGAUACGCGCAACGUCAGUGAUUUGUGGGCUGCUGGUUGCAGGGCAAAAGUUCAGCUGCACUCAAACCACAGAUACGAAAGGUUAUGGCUUGAAUGUCUUUCAGACAACCACGACCAAUAAUGAUUUCUGCGGCAACAUGGCAAUAACGGACUCUGUUGGCGAGUUGGUGGACAUUUGUUCGGCAUUCUGCGGGAAUGGCAAUAUUCCUUUGUUAGUUGGUAUUCCGUCCUAUGGCUUCAACCAUGCAGACAUUGACACAGUGUGUUUGGCAGAUGACAACUCCCUAGCGCAGUACAAUGCCUCGCAUAUGAAUGAUUGUCGCAGCUGGUCGCAAGCGUUGCUGCUCAUUAAGACCCGAGCAGCGGAGUUGGUGGCGGCAUUGGAAAACAUUACCAUGGCGCAGUUGACUUUCAAAGCUGGGAUUGCUUUGAAGUCCAAGGAGCUUGCAGCUACAAUGUCGUCACAAGAAACCAGGGAUCAGCUUCUAAGCGUCACGCAAAGUCGGUCAGUCGCAGAAUACCGCUCCAUCCUAGAAGCUGGAGUUGCGGAUUUCUUGUCAACUGGCAAGUACCGGAGAGAUUUGCAAGACACAAUGGAGGUGCUGCGCAACGCAGGCCGGAUGUUGGAUACAACGCUAAAUAGCAACCUUCCGCAGCUCAGCCGCUUUGUCGCAGAGUGUGGUGACUUGCUGGUAUCAACGGGCUCCAGCAAUGAAUACCUGCUGGACAUUUGCAUCCAACGGGCUGCAGUGUGCUUGGACAAUCCAGAAGCACAGCACGUCGGCUGCUGCUGUUCCACUAUUCCACUAGGUGGAACCUUCAGCAUCACUGGGGAGGAGGGAGCGUCGGAGCAGCAAAACAGCACGGACGGCAGUCGUCGGCUUCAGACAGCGGGCGCUGUGGAUGUGUGUGCAGAGGCGGAGGUGCUUUUCAGCGCUGACCUGUCACAGAGAUCUUCAGAACUGCAAUCCACCACUGAAGGCACUGCAUUGCUGCAGGCCCACCAGGCUGCUCUCAGAACUGCCUAUCCCAACUUCUACACGGAAAGCGGCUGCAGGAGCAGGCGUUUAGGCGAUUUGGAUGAUAUGAGUCUGAGACACGACGGUCAAGCCGGCAAAGCUGCCCAAGAAGAUCAACGACGUUUGCAGAGCCAAUUGAGCUGCACCCCACAGCGAGCGACUUUGGGCGAUACCAGCUAUAAGGCAGCCUUUUGGGCCCAGACUGAGCAGAAUUACUGCGUGGAUAUCCCACCCGAUGCGGGUGCGACUGCGAUGACCGAUCUUGGCCUCUCCGAGAUUUGCAAGAGUUUCUGUGGCGAAAAUGCAAUUCCCCUCACUAUCGGAGGUGUUUACUUUGGGUUCAAUCAGACAACCAUGGACGGUAUUUGUCUUGCGGGUGACAUCAUCGAAGCGAACUCCAGUUUCGUGAGUCAAUGCCACACGCAUGCGAGGGCGAUGCAGAACGUUCAGAUCAAGUUAGCGGCGUUUGUAUCAUCCUUGAGUGUGCUGGAAGCUGAAAAGACGCUCUAUGAAGCCAAUGCCAAGAAAGCAGCAGCUGACUUAAAGGCUGCAAUCGAAGCACGUGCUUCAUCAGUCAUGCAAGCUGCCCUUGUCAAUGAAAAGAUCAUCAAACUUAAGGAGCUUCUCAUAGAAGAGACCACAAGCAUGAAGACCAGCGGUAGCGCUUACUCGGCUAUUCAACGGGCAGUCAAGGAUGUUGAGGCUAAAGGCAGUGACCUUCAAAGCACACUGUCAGCUUCCUUAGCUGCUUUGGACACUUUGGUCACUGACUGCAACAAGCUUUUCACAGGAGUUGGAGCAAGCAACGAAUAUCUCCUCGAUCUGUGCUCUCAGACAUCAACAGCUUGUUUGGAUGAUGACCUGGGGCGCCAUGCAGGCUGCUGCUGCGGCUAUAGUCCCUUGAUUGCCUUGGGGUCGAACACCGUUCCCGUGGCGACCAUUGACGGGCUCAGCAACUCCAGGUUCACCACUGACAGCAGCGGGCGCACCCGCACGGCGCAGCGACGCUUGUCCACCACCUACGACGUGUGUGGGGAAGCAGGCAAACUUGCUAAGCCUAAAGUCGAUGAAGCUCUUGCCCAAGUGAAAGCGCUAGGGUUCCAGUCCUUGAUUGACGAGCGCCUGAUGACCAUGGCCAGGCGCUACCCGGCUCAGUUUGGCUGUAAUUUGCCUAGCUGCUCCUCAGACACAGGCGGAACCUGCCAAAUCUUCAGCUGCUCCUCCGGCAGGGGGCCGACUAGCUGUACCAAUGGCAAAUGCCUUUGUAGCGAAGGAUAUUGCGCAAAUUCCAAUGGUGUUUGUAUUUCUGUGAGCGAUUACAUCGGCGAUGGUGCCACGUCAUUCGCGCAAUUUGUGCACCUACACAUCCUUUUCAUCCUGCUGGCUGUUGGCCAGCAUUUCUAAGCUCGACCUGAUUUCAACAAUUUGGUUGCUUGCUGGAAGGGGUAGGUGCAAUUGGCAGUGCAAUGCGUGCAGGACCCC